AUGUUCCUUAAGAGCAGCUGUGGGAACGCUGCGGCUCAGCUGUCCUGUGAGUUUGUCACACCUUAUCGGAUUCCCCGAGGGACGUGGGAUACACAUAUGCACGUUGUGGAACCAGAGCGCUUCCCAGUUUCCGCGAAUGCAGUCUAUCAGCCUCCCGAACAUACCGUUGACGAUGCGAUGAAUUUCGAAUCUACCCUUGGCAUCGAGAAAAUUGUAUUGGUUCAGCCAUCUAUUUACGGAACCGAUAACUCUUGUCUACUUGAAGCACUCAAAACUCUCGGACCUUCUCGCGGGCGAGGAGUCGUGGUGAUUGAUCCGACCAACAUAGACACCAAGACCCUAGAGGAGUGGCAUCUGCUGGGAGUACGCGGCGUGCGGGUGAAUCUCAAGUCCGUGGGCAAGGUGCUCAGCGAGCAUGAGCUGACAGAGACGCUGCUGCAACAUGCGCAAAUAGUACGGCCCUUUGGGUGGACUAUCCAGGUCUACGUAUCCUUGGAUAUGGUUCCCCUGUUGGAGAGAGUUGUCCCACAGCUCGGAGUCAAGCUGUGUAUUGACCAUUUUGGAGGACCAGAUUUGACAGCAGUCCAACACGACGGGGAAUCGUUUAACCCCUACAUGCUGCCGGGAUUUUCCUCGUUAAUCUCGCUUCUGCGAGGCGGAGAGACCUACGUGAAGAUCUCCGCCCCGUACCGUCUCAGCAAGGACGAGGAAUAUCGAGACCUGGAAGCGAUGGCCCAGGAGUUCCUUGAAGCAGCUCCGGACCGUGUGAUAUAUGCCACCGACUGGCCACACACGCGGUUCUCUGGCGUGAACAUCGAACCAUUCACCGAGACAUGUCUACGGAUAUGUGCGAAGGAAUCUGGAUUGGCGGAGCGGGUGUUUCGAGAUAACGCCGAGGAAAUGUUGAGGGGGGUAUAG